CUUGCGCUCUCACUCGGACGCUAGUUACAACUGCGUAAGUUACUUCGGAAAGCAGGCACUACCAUGCCAUGGCUCUCAUCUCCAUUGAUCCCCAUUCUUGGCCACCGGGGGGAACGAGCGAACGAACGGGGGAGGCGGGCACUCAUCGGCCGGCCAGUGACUUUUCACAGAUGAGAUGAGAUGAGAUGGAGCGCUUGUUCAAAGUUGUUGUUCUCUUCUCGCUCUUGGCCGCGUUUGGUUUGGUUCUGAUAUCUUACGACGAGAAUGGCCAAGGAAAGGCAAAGGAAAUGGGAGCAUGGGGUCACGAGAAGAAAUGGCGCAUUCUCUUCCCGUUCUCAAUGAGAACAUGCAUCUUUCUCUCGCCCUCAAUUUCAGGGGUAGGGUUUAGCCACGCUGCCAGUUACCAGUGUCAGUGAUAAGUGUUCGUCUAGUGUUCCCUGCCAUUCGUCUGUUCGUU